AAAAAAAUAUUUUCAACCAGCGUUGUCAAAACCAAACAACGAGUGAAAACUUUGGUUAAUAAAAUAGUACAAAAAAGCAUACAAAAUAAAAGUUUAAAUUGUAUUAUAGACACCGGAACCAAACAGCAAUGGUUACAAUCGGUGAAGCCUUCUCGCCGGUCGACGGGAUUGUUUAUUCGGCUAGCGAUGUCAAGGUUAAAAUCGGAGACAGUAUUAUUGCUCCAGUCGGUGCUUUGCACCUUACGGAAAGUUCAUUGAUCUGGAGCUGUGAGGAGCGCAACAGUAGUAUCUCUAUUCCAUGGCCCCGCGUUGGAGUUCAAGCGGUCACAUCGAACCCAGACAAAUGCAUCUACCUUAUGUUGGACAUCAACCUCACCUGGCCCGGGUUCUACGAGGGCCGGGCGCAAAACAAUGGCCACGGGUUGGGCGAGGGUGGCGAAGGUGAGGAAGACGAAAACGACGAAGGUCACGAAUCGGAUGGAUCCGAGAACGAAAUGACGGAAAUGUGGCUGCAACCUCCGACACCGCAAAUCGUCGACGAGAUCUACAGUGCAAUGCGAGAAUGCCAGAGCUUGAAUCCGGACCCGGGCGCGGUCAGCGAGGACGAAGACUACAUGGAAGCGGAGGAGGACGAACUCGGAGAGGUGGACGAUAUGCGAAAUCUUCAACUGGACGAUAACCGUGAUUCUAAUUGCAGACGAGGAUAAAUUCGCUGAUGCUGAGGAAUAGAUCGCUACAACUUCUUGAGUUCUCUGAAGAAAAAAAACUAAGUUUGUUUCAAAGUGCGAAGGCGUUGGCAUUUCAAUUUCUUUAAGGAUGGAUCCGCAGAACUGCGGAUAGAUGACGUGACCGUGAAUAUUGUGUUAGGUUUAUGAAACUAUUCCAUGUUAAUCGACACGAAUCUGAGUAAUGUGAACACUGAAUAAUUUAAAAUAAAUAAUGCCAUGAAGUGUA